AUGACAGGUGCACCGUGGCAACUGAAAGGCGAAGCCAAGCGCCAGUCAAUUCUGAAUGCUAUCCCCAAGAACUGGCAACUAAAAUAUCCCGUUCCUCCCGCUACAGAGCUACGUGAUGUCACAGGGGAUUAUAUCCGACAAUACCUCACCGAGCGUGAGAUUGAAAUCACAGAGACAGAUGCCGUAGAUAUUGUGGAGCAGACAUCUACUGGCCGCUGGUCAGCUGUGGAAGUGACAGAAGCCUUCUGUCACCGGGCUGCACUGGCUCACCAACUCACCAACUGUCUCCAUGAAGUAUUUUUCGAAGCAGCAAUCAAAGAUGCCAAACAACAAGACGAAUACUUCGCAAAGCACAAAACCCCGAUAGGACCCCUGCACGGCCUACCAGUGAGUCUAAAAGACCAGUUCCACGUAAAAGACGUCGAAACAACCAUGGGCUAUGUAGGCUGGAUAAACACCUUCCAGGGCCACCAGAAUGACCCGCGCAGCGGCACAGAAGAGAGUGAACUCGUCCGCGAACUACGCAAUCUCGGCGCAGUCUUAUACUGCAAGACCAGCGUUCCAGCCACGCUAAUGACCGGCGAAACGAUCAACAACAUCAUCGGGUACACCUGGAACCCCAAGAAUCGCCUGCUAUCCUCCGGCGGCAGCUCUGGCGGCGAGGGUGCCCUGAUUGCGCUCCGCGGCUCGCCUGCUGGCUUCGGCACUGAUAUCGGGGGCAGUAUACGCAUCCCCGCUGGGUUUAAUUUCCUCUAUGGGAUUCGUCCUUCGGCGGGUAGGAUCCCUUACCAAGGCACUGCGAACUCGUUAGAUGGCCAGAGCACUGUCUUGUCUGUUACUGGGCCGAUUGCGCCAACCGCGAGGUCUUUGACGCUGUUGUUUAAGGCUGUUCUUGGACAGAAGCCUUGGUUGCAUGAUCCGCUUGCGUUGGAGCUGCCGUGGCGGGAUGAGAUUGUUCAGGAGACCAGGGAGUUGAUUGAGAAGGCUCGGGAUGGGGCGUCGACACUUGCGUUUGGAAUUAUGAAAUACGAUGGCGUGGCGCUUGUUCAUCCGCCUAUUGCACGGGGGCUCAAGAUUGUUGAGAAAAUGCUACAGCGGUUGGGCCAUCGGGUUAUUGAGUGGAAACCUCCUUCUCACGCUGUUGCCGCUGAACUACUUGGGAAAGUAUUCAACAUGGAUGGCGGCGUAGACUUGAAGUAUCACCUCGGUCUAUCUGGAGAAUCUCGAGCUCCGCAAGUACUCGGUACCGAACAUGGUAUUCCGAUGACAGCAUCUGAGAUUUCGGCGCUUAAUGUUGCAAAGCGUGAGUAUCAGAAACUGUACAUGGACUACUGGAAUAGCACAGCCGAAGUUACAGGUACGGGGCGUCCUGUUGAUGCGCUCUUUUGUCCAUUGGCGCCUCAUGCCGCAGUCAUUCCCAACGAAUACGGGCCGGUGGGAUAUACUGGAUUUGUGAAUGUGCUUGACUAUACUAGUCUUGCGAUCCCAGUCACAUUUGCCGAUAAGAAGGUCGAUGUGCGAUCAGCUGAUGAAUCUGUGGAUGGAUCUGAGCACAUCCAGUGGGAUUAUGAUGCCGAGUCCUAUGAUGGGGCCCCGGUCGGAGUGCAAUUGGUAGGGAGGAGAUUGCAGGAAGAGAAGAUGUUGACUCUAGCUGAGUAUCUGGGCAAAGAGAUUACUCAAGAUGCGGAAGAGAGAGCGUGA